ACUUCAUAAUACUCCCUAAAUUGGUGGACUAACCACUAUAAAAUCGCUAUUUUCUAGAGAAACAGACACAACAAAAGUUUCAAACCUCUUUGACAUUCAUCAUAUGUUAGUGAAGGAUGCACCUAUGCAUUAAAACAGUAUUUUCGUAUUUUUGAUUUUUUCUCAAAAUCUAUGUGAUAACCCCCUACGAAAAUAUUGAAUAUUUUGGGAAAUGCUCUAUAUACUAGAUUGUUCAGACUGAUAUGGAAACUUAUGUGAACUCAUAAGUGUGGAAACAAAUAGAUGAUACUAUCCGGUCAUUAGUUUGAUUACUUUUGUUCGUAGGAGAUGGUGAGUUUAUUUUGCUUCACACUUUAUGACCCACUAAAGUCUUUUGUUCGUAAAAGAUUUUCCCCUCUCUAUUCGUAUUUCAAGUGUUUUUGAUAGGGAAAGAUUUUGUUACUUGAUUUUGAUGGAAAGCUUAUUUUUUCUAACUUGCAUAGUGUGAAAACAAAUAGAACAGAGUCCGGUCGUGAGAUGGUUAGAGAUCUUGAUGUUCCAUUUACUUUUUUCACACUUGCGUGAGUUAAUAUCAUGAGUUUCUCUGAAUCAGUUCGGCAACAGCUUCUUUCCCUCUCUGUUUUCUGAAAAUCUCUUAAAACAUUAUGUGCUUGUUUGUUUAUUUGUUGUCUGAUUGUUUUGCACAAGUAUAAUUUAUUGCUUAGAAUCCCUGAUUUUUCCUGUUGUGUUUGCAGCAUGUGACGAAUAUAAAAUGGGGGAACAGAUAGAAGAUCAUGAAAGGCUAUUGUAAAAUCAGAUUGAUGAGAUAUAGAAAUCUAAUUCCCUCCAUUUCAGUUUUGGUGAUGCAUAACGUGACAUUUUCUAUAUUGUUUCAGGUUGUGUAUAAUCCGAGAGAUGUAAGAUUUAUCUUAUUAUUGGGAACAUAGGAAUGGAGAAUGGGAUUGUGAUCACGUUACUCUUGAGGCUGCUGCUGCUGGAUUGGGUUACCUAACACAACCAAAGUUCUUCGUAGCUGUUUUGUUUUGCUGUUAUUGUAGUUGUGUGUUCAGAUGUUUAUGGUAGCUUCAUUCGAAGGAUACAUGUUAGUAGUUACCUAUUCUUGCAGAAGUCUAACCGUUGUAUGUUGCCUACAACUCUGCACAUUUCUCCUUUUUAACCCAAUAUCUCAAGGUUUUUUGUUCAGUAAAAGAGUUUUCUUUUUCGUUAUAAUAAUAAUACAUGUGUGUUGGCUUUUGGAUCAGUUAUACUAUGUUUAAUCUUCUGCGUUGUGGUUACAAUAAUACAUCUGUUGGCUUUUGGAUCAGUUAUAUUAUGUUUUUUAAUCUUCUGCGCUGAGGUUACAACAUUUCAUAUAUUAUAUGAUCAAUGUUGAAUCAAAUGUUUGAUAAAAGUAGUUGGUCUAUCGAGUUUUUUUUUGUGGUAUUGCUGAAUCUGGCUUAUUAGCGCUUUGUGUUCUUUCUAUCAUCUCUCUUCAUAUCAUUUUGACUUCUUCCUAUGUGUUCUUAUUUUUCUUUUGGGUUUAUGGAUUCUGAAAUAGCGUAUUCAGUUGUUUGGUUCUGAUUCUUUUCUUCUUUGUUUUUUUUACCUGUUGUGUUCUUCGUUCUUAUUGCCAUCAACAAACUCAGAACAAGAUCUCUGUUUAUGUAAAGGUUUGUGAUUUAUUCUUCCUCGUUAGAUAUCAAGAAUCCAUGUUUCUUCGAUUCUUCAAAAACUGGUUGGUGACUUGCAACGCAAGUUCCUCACGCUAAGUAACUUGCCAGUUUCUCACGGUAAAAAAAAGGUUAUCAACUGUUAGUCAUUGCAGAGGAGAAGUCAAACUUGUGCUGGUUUCGUAGUCUGUGACUUAUGAACGGAUAACAAAGCCGAGAAUGGUAAAACCGUUGUUUCAAAUGGGGCAAGUCUCUAGUUUAACGAAACCUUUUUUAACUAACUAAAGUAAAAGUAUACAUAGAAGGUAAAAGAGAUAUAAUUAAUAAUCAUCUUGAAUCUACGUAUAGUCGUAUAGAAAAAGUAGCUUUAUAUGCCAACUUAUUUUUGUGUAUAUAGAUACUCAGGUAUUUGAACGAAAAACCAGAAGUGCAUGUAUGCUUAUUCAAAAGUAGGUGAAUUAUAUAAAAUAUUUAUACUUGUUUUCUUAAAUUUGUUAUUAUCUAUCAAACUUCUUUAGAUAAUGAGCCAGACAAAGUCUUAUACUUACAUGAAUACUAAUUAACUGUAUUGCAUUUUUUUUUUUUUGUAAACUAACUGUAUUGCAUUCAUGUGUUACAUCUAUAUAACCUAUUACAUUCUUUUCUUAUGGAGAUUAGAGUUAACUUUAGGAAGUUUGAGCCAAAUUAAUCUUGAUUUAAAUUUAUAAUUGUGCGUUAAAUGAACUCAUGUUUGAGUCAAUGAUAUAUUGGCGUCAUACUAUCAGUCUGGUUUCGUCAAUUAGUGAGCUGCCAGUGCAUGAAAAAAAAACAAAAAGUUCUCUUAAUCCUAACGUGACGUUACAUUGCAUGGCUCGUAAGAGAUAACUGAACAUUGUAUGAUUAAUUAAUUAAGUUAAUUAAUUAAUUACUAUUUAAGUUAUGUUGUGUUAGGCUUUGGUAACUACGAGUAAUGUAGCAAAAUAAAUCAGGUUUAUCUUGCGUGAGUGUAGAAUUUAUUUUAAUCUGUCUUUUAGCAAACAUUGAAGGUUUAAUCAUAUGUGUACGUAUAUUAUAAUACACAAAUUACUCUUGAUUCUAUGUAUGUGCCGUGUACAUUUACGUAUUUUAAAGCACAUAAAAGGAUUAACGUCCGUAUUUAUAAUUUUACGGCGUUGGUUUGUGCAUUACGGAGAAAAUUACUAAAUGGAUUAAGAUAAUUUAGGCUUGUCCAUUUACUAUUUUCAGGAGAUUUGAAUUUUAGCAUUAUCUCUUUGGAAACCUUAUCUGUGAGAGUUACAAAGAGAAUUCUUGUCAUGAAAGAUAUAUCAUAUAUCUUUUCAAAAAAAAAAAGGAUAUAUGAUAUAUAUAUAUGUAGCCUCAAAGCUUUACUAGUUUCAACGCAUGCAAAUAGUUGAACUGUAACGGGCUCUUGUGUUAAAAACUAGUCUAGCCUCCAUUAUUACAAGCCGGUAUUCAAAACUCAAAAUGAGCAGCUUGUUUGAUCAUGAGCAGCUUGUUUGAUCAUUUUGUUUCCAUAAAUUAUGUAAACAAAGACCUUUUUUUGUCAGCGUAAACAAACACUAUUCCAACAAUUUCAAAUAAAUCAGAUAUAUUAGCCUAUUAAUAGACUAGUUGAGCAUGUGGAUUUACGAGGAAGAUUAAUUUCCAUAAGAUUGAUUAGUAGUCCGUCGAUUAAUCAUUUAUCAAUACUUCUUCAAUGAGAUUUAAAUUUUUUAGAAGUAAAUAGUAUUUUUACAGUUAGAUACAUUUUAAAUAACAGAUGACAAUUUAAUAUUCACAUUUAAUAAAGCAAGAAACUUAAACGCAUUUAAUCAAGCAAGAAACUUAUAAUUUUCAAAACACCAUAAAUGCACUUAAAACCAAAUAUAAAAAUUAAGAUCAUGUCCUAAGGUAAGACCGUAGGUCCGUAGACGAACUAUAAAGUAUGUUAGUGGUUAUAGGAAAAUCAACUGUGAGAAUGUGUCACAUUCGGAUUAGUUGGAAUCUUCUGAUGCACGAAAAGUACAUUUUCUUCUUUUUAUCUAAAACUGUUAUCAAUCAUGAAUUGUUACAAUUAAUUAUAGAUACCCUGUCACGUAUAUGUAUAUAUAUGCAUAUUAAUAUAUAUUUUUUGAAAAUUAAAUCAUGCAUGAAAAUAUAAUAAGAUAGUUUUGAACCAUCAAUAAAGUGCUAGAUUUUUCUCUUGUAAUUAAAAUUAAAAAUAUAUAUUUUAAUUAUUUGCUUUUUGGAUGUCUAAGCGUUUGAUUAAAAUUUAGAAUGCGGUGUAUAUAUGUAUAAUGUACGUAUUAGGCAUCUUAAUAUUCAAAAUUGAUUCUUUCAAGAAAAAAUAUUCAAAAUUGAUGUCAGCAACAUGUGUAUAUAUAUAUAAAUGACACGUACAAAGAUUUACUUACAAGGUUCAAGAAAAAAUUUAGUAGAUGGAAAAGGUUAGGGUCCCAUGGGCUUGUAGUCUCAGACAAAUAGUUGGCGUGUCUUAAUGUGCUUAAAACCAGAUUUACACCAAUAAUGAACAACCAUAUCGACACAAUUAAUUUUUUUUUUAAUUAAAUAUUAAAUUUAAUUCAAAAAGAAAAAGUUCGAUUACAACUGUGGGUUCUUUCUUAUGAUUUUCUAUACAAAUAUGUUUUUGAUAGAACCAAAUAGAAAUUCUUUCUUCAAUCAAUUUCCAUCUUCAUCCUAGCUUUGUCUAGUUGAAAACCAGAACCCUAAGCCCCUUCUAGUCUCUUGUCGUUCUUCUGAAUUAUAGAGAAUUUGUUUCUCAUUGUUUUUUUUUUGCUUAAGUUUGUUUCUCAUUGUCUUGCCAAUCAAUUAAAUUUAUUUCAAAUUACCAAAAUACUUUAUACAGUAUGAGAUGUUUAAGAAACAAAAAAAAAAGAUAUCUUUACAAACAAAUUUUAUGAAAACCUUUUUAACUGAUAUAGAUUUAUAUAUAUUUGAUUUUAUGUUGAUUUAAUGUGUGUAUGGUUGAGAUGCGUACCAGCGAUCAGUAAUCCAUACUAUUAUAGCGACACUGUCCAUCUAUCUUAUGCAAUAUGUUUUAAGAGUUGGGUCGUAAAGAAAUAUAUUUUGAAAAUUGAAAUAAUUUUUGCUAGUCCAUAAACAUACACGAUUCAUAGCUCAGGUCUUAUAUAAUGUGUUUCUCAGCAUAAGUUAUUCUUUUUUUUUUUUUUAAAGCAUAAGUUAUCGAUGACAAAAAGAAUAUAAAUGAUUUAGGACAUGUUUUCUCAUGGAAAUCUUUACUGGAUCGAGAUAUUGGUUCUUGAGUUCCCACGGGAAUUCAAAGGGUGUUAUAAAUUCUUAUAGUAAGAAAAUAAUAGAAUGAAUAUAUAUGAUAAGAGUGGAAUCAUCAACAUGAGAAAAAUAUAUAUGAGAAAGAAAAAAAGUGUCACCAAAAAAAAGAAAAAAAGCGUCACCAAAAACCCUAACGUUCCAAAAAAAAAGGUUACACAUUUAGAUCAAUUAAAAUUUUUUAUUUUCUUUAAUAAAUCUGUUAUAAUAUAUUAACAUUUUACCAACAAAAAAAAAGCUGUUAUAAUUUAAACGAAGAUAAAUUAUAGUUCCAUUCAUUCUUUGGAUAUCUAGCUCUUAUAAGUAAGUACGUAACUUUUAAUCUGAUUUUUUUUUUUAAAGUUUGAGAAGUAUUACAUUGUCAACAUGAAUUAGUUGCAGCAACUUUUAUUCUAGACAUUGCUUCACAAACUUGAACAUCUUCUCCUCCUCGUUUUUUCCUCCACCACUCACCAAGGCCAUUUUUGACAUAUCAUUAUUUGAUAGGAUUAACGUCAAAAAGAGACGUCACAAAAGCUAACUAAGAUCUCCUUGUUCCGACAAGUCACAACACAAAGGAAAACCUCUUCCAUGUUUCUAUAUAUAAACCAAAGAACACAGCACUUACCCUCAUUAACUAAGAUUUUGGCUUCACAAUUCUUCUCCAUAAUUUUUUACUCUUCCUCGCAGAUUCAUAUAAUAGAUGCUAUUUCAAAAUGGGAAGAUCACCAUGUUGCGAUGAGAGCGGGCUAAAGAAAGGGCCAUGGACGCCUGAAGAAGAUGAGAAACUGAUAAAUCACAUACGAAAACACGGUCAUGGAAGCUGGAGAGCUCUUCCAAAGCAAGCCGGUCUAAAUCGGUGUGGGAAGAGUUGCAGACUGAGAUGGACUAAUUACUUGAGGCCAGACAUCAAAAGAGGAAACUUCACUGCCGAGGAAGAACAAACCAUCAUCAACCUUCAUUCUCUUCUUGGAAACAAGUGGUCGUCAAUAGCUGGUCAUCUUCCUGGAAGAACGGACAACGAAAUAAAAAAUUACUGGAACACGCAUAUCAGAAAGAAACUUAUACAGAUGGGAAUUGAUCCGGUGACCCACAGGCCGAGGACCGACCAUCUAAACGUUCUAGCCGCUUUACCGCAGCUUCUAGCUGCCGCAAGUUUCAACAACCUCUUGACUCUAAAUCAAAGUAUACAACCGGAUGCAACAAGUGUUGCUAAAGCUCAAUGGUUACAUAAUAUGAUGCAAGUCCUCAACAGCAACAACACAUCUUCUUCCGUUGACAUUCAUCACACCAACUAUAAUAUCUUUGGCCAAUCUUGUUUCUUAGAGAACCGACCAAAUAUUAGUGAAAAUCUCUAUGAUCCAACCCAAAGCAUCUCUCGCAUUGAUCACCAGCCUCUAGAUUCGUUUUCUAGCCCGCUUGGAGUAUUUUCUCAUCAAGAUAAUGAAGAUAUGAUUCCUCCAUUGAUAUCAGCCUCUUCUGAUGGGUCUAAACAAACCCAAAUGAUGAUCAAGAACAAAGAGAUUUUGAAGCAUAAUGAGCACACUUCAAACCCUUCCUCGACCUUAACGUUCACGCAAGACCAUCAGUCAUGGUGUGACAUAAUUGAUGAUGAAGCAAGUGAUUCUUAUUGGAAAGAUCUCAUAGAGCAAACUUGUUCGGAGCCUUGGCCAUUUCAUGAAUAGAGACGAAAGCAACACAAUAUUAGCAUUUUUUUUCUGUGGAUAUUGAUAAUUAACUUUCAUACAAUUUGUGCUUUAAAUUUUCUUAAUUUUUCAACCAUGUAGCAUUUUUCAACUGAUUAUCAUACAUUUGUAUUAUUUUCUGUAAUUUUCUUGGACAUGUAUGUUUUCAAUAGUAGUUUCUCACGCAUAAGAGCUUACAACUCUAAACUAUAUUACAAAAUUCGUUA